ACUGCUUUCGUUGUAAUUCCGCGUCCACGGCGCUUAAUCAUGACGUGUUUGGUAGCCAGUUUAGUAACUUCGCCACUGUUUGUAACAAUUCUUUUUAUGUAAUUAAACCUUCUCUGUGGAUCUAUGUCUCCGCUCUGAGAGUGCAUUGAUUUCUCCUCAUGUGACGUAAACUGAGCCCUGCUGUCAUGCCUCAAUUAAUGGCUCAGAUCAGUGAUCCAAAGAUUGCAUUUGCCUACCUGCGCCCAGCUUGUGUCCUGCUCACCAAGCAGCCCACUGUGACCAACGUGGAGACUCUGAGCGCCCAGCUUAAAGAAGUUGAUGAUGCUACUCUGCAGCAGCUCCAAGACUAUGUCCUGUUCCCUCUUCGCUUUGUCCUCAAAGUCCCCGGACCAAAGAAAGACAAACUGGUCCAGACUGUGUCUGAGGCCAUCAGCUAUGUCCUAGAAAACACCUGUGUCCAGAACUGGGACACCCUCCAUGACCUGCUCUCAGAGCUCUGCCUCUGCCUGUGCUCUCCAGCCGACCCUGGGAAACCUGCAGACACAUCAGAGGAGCUACAGUCAGCUGUUCUGAGGUGCCUGGACGCCCUGCUUCAUGCUGCUUAUGGGGAUAUCGUCUUCAAACUCUUUGAACCUGUUAUGCUGCCUGGACUUGGAGCUGCCAUUUCCCUGCUGCUGGCUUUAGCACAGAAGGCAAAAUCAAGAGAGAUCCAGGUAUUGGCGUUGAAGUGCCUCCAGGCUUUGUCUCUGCAGUGCGACUGCAAUCAGGAUCACAUCGUCCCAUCCUCAGAGGAGAGAUGCAUUACAGGCAGCACCAUGGCGUCGUUCUUACCUGGGAUCACUGUGGCUGUAACAAAGAUCAUUACAGGAGAUCUGAGACAAGGCCACACAGUUACAGUCAAAGCCAUAAAGGUUUGGUCAAGGACUGUCGUGCUUGUCAUGGAAGACGCCCAGCUUCAGGUCUCUGAGCCCCAGAAGACUCCCUCCCCAGCCCUGGGUAGGAUUGGACAGCUGGUGGUGCAACGGACCCCAGACUGGGCGAAGAGCACAGCAGGGAAACUGUGCGUGCUGCUACAAAAGAUCAUCUCCUGCACCUCCUCUCACCAGCACUGGAGGGUCAGGCUGGUGAUGGUGGAGCUGGCUGAUCACCUGCUGGACAGGUGUAAUCAGUCACUGAAGGAGUGUGUGGGACCCUUACUGGAGGCUCUGGUGGGAGCAGUCAAUGAUGAGGAGCCCAGAGUGAGAGAGAGGUGUGAGGUUGCCCUCAGAGCGGUGUCACAGAGGAAUCAGAUCAGUGAUAACAGCAGCAGUGCUCAGACCUUCACCGAUGUGCUGUCAGAAAAUCUCCACACCUUGGCCACCUCGCUGCCCAGACUGAUGAGGACCUCUGACGACCCGAAGAAGCUCUUUGUCCUCAAUGUGUUUCUGGGUUAUUUAAAACUGCUGGGACCGCUGGUCUCUGUGGUACUAAACUCAGCUGUACAUCUUGAGAGGAUUUCCAAAGCAUUGAUGCAGGUGCUGGAGCUGGAUGUGAUGGAUGUUCGCAUUGUGGAGGAGAGGAGUUAUGCUGCUACCAUAGAGACAACUCCAGGCGCCAGUGAUUCAUACACUGCUCACAUACAGAGGAAGCAUUUUCUGUACUUCACCGAUGAGAAGAUUUUCUGUGUGCUCAUGCAGAUCUGUCGGACACUAGGUUACUUUGGAAACCUUUACCUGCUGACGGAUCACUUCCUGGACCUGUACCAGCAGUCUUCAUCAUACAGGAAGCAGGCGGCCAUGGUGCUCAAUGAGCUUGUGAAAGGUGCUGCAGGAGUGGACAUGGUAACACAGGGUCAGGGUCUGGAGAGUCAAGUUCAGGGACUCUCAGCCACCCAGGAAGACCUCAACUCAGCAAUUGUGUCUGUGAUGGAGGAAUACACCAGUCUGAAGAACUGGCACCUGAUCACCAUCAGCGAGGAGACAGACCGAGACCGGCAGGACCAGCAGCUCCUCAGCCCAGCCAGCCUCCUCUCCAUAUCUAACAGUGAUGACAACAAUAAGAACUGUCUUCAAGUAAUUUCUUCUUCAUUCAACCCCCCGUCUACCUCAUCAUCCUCCUCCACAAUCCACCAGCUAAAUAGCAACAUCUGGCAGCUGUGUAUUCAACUGGAGGGCAUUGCAUGCUUUGCUCAGGCUCUGGGGCAAGACUUUCGUCCCUUGUUGAUGACAUCACUGUACCCUGUGCUGGAGAAAGCUGGGGAGGAGACACUGCUGGUCAGUCAGGCUGCACUGGGCUCCGCAUGGGACAUCAGUAAAGCCUGUGGUUACCCCUCACUGAAGGAUCUGGUCAAUGAGAACUCAGACUACCUGCUCAAUGACAUCUCACUGAACCUGCAGAGACUCAGCCAGCACCCACAGGCUCCGAGGGUGUUGACAGUGAUGUUGACUCACUCUGACUGCAGCCUGCUGCCUCUGGUCGGAGACAUCGUUCAGGAUGUGCUGAUGGCUCUGGAUCUGAGCUACGAUCACACGGCUGCUCUUUUCUGCUCCGUGCUGCACGCGCUCAUGAAGGCACUGGUGAGGUGGUUCCCCUCCAGUUGUAGUAAAACAAGAGAGUCUGCCAGAACCAAGCAGAGCUCAAGUCCUGAGGAAGUCCUGGACAUUCGCCAGUUCAUGCUGGAUUACAAAAAACAGAAAGAGCUGGCAGAGGGAAUCGGAAUCGAGGAAGACGCAACCAUUGAAGAUCUUGAAGUCCCUCCUCCCAUGGAGUGUGAGGACGUUGAAGAUCUUGUUGGUGAUGUGAAAACAGAGCUCCCUCUUCAUCUCAGCAUCACUAAAGACGUCAUGGAGCGCUGCAUCCAUCUGCUGUCCGACCCCAGCCUGAGGGUCAGACUGAAGGUGCUGGACGUGCUGGAGCUCUGUGUGAGUGUGUUGAGUGAGAAGGAAAAUGAGCUGUUGCCUAUGGCUCAUCGCUGCUGGCCCCCGCUCCUACAGAGACUCAUAGCUGAUGACCCUUUAGCCGUCCUCCGAGCCUUCAGGGUGUUGUGUACGCUGGGUGAAACGUGUGGUGACUUCCUGAGGAGGAGGGUUUCUAAAGAGGUUCUCCCCAAGCUGAGCUCCUCGCUGGCACGGCAGGCUCCAAUCAGCGCCAAAGCCGGACCCGUCUACACGCACACCCUGGCCUACAAACUGCAGCUGGCUGUUCUGCAGGGGCUGGGCUCGCUUUGCCAGAGGCUGGACCUAGGUGAGGCAGACCUGGAUGCUGUUUGUGAGGCCUCCCUGCCCUACCUGAGCUGUAGACAACCUGUCAGACUGCAAGAGGCCAGCCUAAGCGUUUUCAGACACUUAAUCCAGGUGGAUCCAGACGCCUUCUGGUUUACUCUGAAUGAGCUGCACUGCCCGUCCUGCUACAGCCCGCCCCACCCCGACCUCCAGCCGGUCCAGCUGAGCGGAACGGGUCGACCGAGAGACGAGUACUCGGAUAACGUGCUGAGGCUGCUGCGGGAGGAGUUUGGCUCGGUUGCUGAGACGAUCGGCCAGCCAGUCAGCUAAUGAGGCGCUGAUUGAUGUGACUGACUGAUCUCUCAAACAGGCGGCUCACCACCGACUCCAGCAAGUCAAUUAACUGAGAGAAAAUCUGACAAUUGUGCCAAACAGCAGCCAUCAGAUACGGUGUGUGAUAACCUUCAUGGUGUACACAGCUCUGAUAAGCAGCACGGCACAAAGGGGACAUGUCAACGAAGCAUGUCGACUGCUGUUCACUCUCCUGCUGCAGGUGUUUGAACCAGGAAGACUUCAGACGGCUCUUUUACAUCAGGAGACACGCAGUGACAGUGCUGAUGUGUUUCAUUUAACCUGGCGACUCUGACUGAGACAUGCUUUUGUAGAGUUAUAUUUCAUAUUCAUGUUCAUGUUUUUUUAUUUUCUUAAAGAUUUAUAUUCAGAACAUAUCCCUUAUGUUCAGUUCAGAGAUGAACACAUGGAAACUGUAUACAGGUUAUCUUGAUGGUUUACCCGGAUAAAGAGAUUGUUCAUGAUGCUUAAACAUUCAUAAAAAUCACAAGAAAUACUCAAACUGUCAAAAAUGAGUUCCUUACCUAUCAUGAUGCAUUCCAGUGUUUCACACACACAGACUUAACCUGGAUGGGCUGCUCAAGUGUUUUACAUUUUACUUUUUUUAAUCCGUAUGAGAUCCCCACAGAUCGUCUAAAUCAUUGAUAAUUAAGAUGAUCCCUCGUCGCUCUCUGCCCCUCCUGUCUGAUAACCUGCUCGCCUCACUUAGAGAGAUCAGAGAGAGAGGGGUCCUUCAGUAUGUCCCUCCUAUUGAUGCAGGAGGGACGUACUACUUCUACCGCUGUUUAGAAGUUAUGUGCAGCUGAAGAUGUCCUUCUGCACAAUAUUAGUUUUGGAUUGUCGCCAAAUGCUUAGUCAUUAACAAGCCUCGCUCAGCUGUUGUUACAAUGAAUAUCUGGUUAAAAUCUCAAAGCAUGAGUUGUAUUAUUUGGACGUCUUUAUUAAUAGUGACAAAUAAUAAAAACGUUCUCUUUGUAAGAAA